CAUAAUUAGAAAAUUAAAGCCAAUGGAAUGUUUCCUUAAGAAAAUCAAUUCUUUUUUUUUUCCCCCUUUUUUUCCGAAGAGAAGAAGAAAAAGGACUUUUGGUGGGCUUUACAAGUCAACCAAUACCAUACCAGAGGAGACGACGAUCUGAACAAAAUAGUGGAAGCAACCUCGAAAUUCAGCUCCAAAAUUUCUCCUCUCAUCUUUUCUGAUUUGCGUUUUUACUCUUUCAGAACCCAAUCCCGUUUUUCCCAGUAUAACAACAAAAAAAUCAAUCUUUAUUUUGUUACUUUUUUACUACCUAAAAAUCAUUGCUUUUUUGCUCCAAGGUUCCAAUCUUUUGCCUUCAAAUUUAUUCUUAAUUCGCCCUUAAUCCAAUCAUAAAGUUGUAAUCUUGAUCUGGGUUUCGUAUAUUCUUAGCUCUGGAAAAAGUGGGAAGAUAUGGGAGGUUGUUUCAGCAAGAAAAAGUAUCCUCCAUCAGGCAUCAAUGGACAUAGAUCAGGCGGCUCCGCCACCAAUACCGGCUCUACCGGCGGCGGCUACCAAGAUAAUUACCAAAAGCCCGCUGUUCAUCAGUAUACUCCUCCGCCGCCAUCGUCCACCGUUCCUCCGAAGCCAUCAUCGCAGCCUCAUACCCACCGGCCUAAUCCGAAUCCAGUGCCUGGGGCUGCAAAUUCAAAUGCUGCAUUUAGUAACAAUUACAGUAAUACUAUACUGGGGAAGCCAUUUGAGGAUGUGCGGGCCCACUACACACUCGGAAAAGAGCUUGGGAAAGGGCAAUUUGGGGUGACUUAUUUGUGCACUGAGAAUUCAACUGGCCACAAAUAUGCCUGCAAGUCAAUACUGAAGAGGAAGUUGGUGAGCAAGAACGAUAAGGAGGAUAUGAAAAGGGAGAUUCAGAUAAUGCAGCAUUUGAGUGGCCAACCAAACAUUGUAGAAUUCAAAGGUGCUUAUGAGGAUAGGCAAUCAGUUCACAUUGUGAUGGAGCUUUGUGCUGGUGGUGAGCUUUUUGACAGGAUAGUUUCAAGGGGGCAUUACUCUGAGAGGGAUGCCGCUAAUAUUACUAGACAAGUUGUGAACGUCGUUCACAUUUGUCACUUUAUGGGGGUAAUGCAUAGGGAUCUCAAGCCUGAGAAUUUCUUGUUGGCUAGCAAGGAUGAGAAGUCCAUGCUCAAGGCCACGGAUUUCGGGCUCUCAGUCUUUAUUGAAGAAGGGAAGGUGUACCGUGAUAUUGUUGGUAGUGCGUACUAUGUUGCCCCUGAAGUCCUGCGACGUAACUAUGGAAAAGAAAUAGAUAUUUGGAGUGCUGGUGUUAUUUUAUAUAUUCUACUUAGUGGUGUGCCUCCAUUUUGGGCUGAAACCGAGAAAGGGAUUUUUGAUGCCAUAUUGCAAGGGGAAAUUGACUUUGAAAGCCAGCCGUGGCCAUCUAUUUCAAACAGCGCUAAAGACUUAGUUCGUAAAAUGCUAACAAUGGAUCCAAAGAAACGGAUUACUUCUGCGCAAGUUCUGGAGCAUCCAUGGAUAAGGGAAGGUGGUAAUGCAUCUGAUAAACCAAUUGAUAGUGCAGUGCUCUCCAGAAUGAAACAAUUCAGAGCAAUGAACAAGCUCAAGAAACUUGCGUUGAAGGUCAUUGCUGAAAAUUUAUCCGAAGAAGAAAUCAAGGGUCUUAAGGCGAUGUUUACAAACAUUGAUACUGACAAAAGUGGCACAAUAACAUAUGAGGAGUUGAAGUCUGGACUGGCUCGGCUGGGUUCUAAAUUAACUGAGAAUGAAGUGAAACAACUGAUGGAAGCAGCUGAUGUGGAUGGAAAUGGAACGAUUGAUUAUAUUGAAUUUAUUACUGCUACAAUGCACAGACACAGGCUCGAAAGAGAUGAGCAUUUGUUCAAGGCCUUUCAAUAUUUCGACAAGGAUCAUAGCGGCUUCAUUACGAGAGAUGAACUUGAAUCUGCUAUGAAGGAGUACGGAAUGGGUGAUGAAGCCACUAUAAAGGAAAUAAUUUCAGAGGUGGAUACAGACAACGAUGGAAGAAUCAAUUAUGAGGAAUUUUGCGCGAUGAUGAGAAGUGGUACUACUCAACCACAGGGGAAACUUUUCUGAAACUGAGGGUGAAAAGGACCAAUUGACUGUAGAGCCACGAAGAGAUUAAGCUUUUUCCCUUGGUAUUUCUUUACGAUUUGUGUAAUGAUAGGAUAAAUAUCGUUAAUUUGAGGCAUUUGAUUUGGAUUUUUCUUUUCAAGUGAAUCUAAGUUUGUGUAUAGUUGUCACUUGUCAGCUGAGUUCUAAAAAGGUUUAUAUUUUCCUUGCUUUCCUUCAACCCAGUGGAUUCCAUUUUACAGUUCCCAUGUGUUGUUACUGUGAAAUAGAAGCAGAAUACAAAUGUGGUCAUGUUUAUAAUUUAUAAGUGAAAUUCCAACUUUUGAGAAUAGUAACGACAAACUGGACUCCAAUGGAACCUGAUGUUGGUUUUCAUUUUUGAUCCCUUGAAAUGCGUCCACUCAAAGAUAUGUUGGAAUUUGGAAACAAGCCAUCCACUGCCCCAAAAGCAAGC